GCGCCCUGGCCCAGCUAUAGUCAUUGUACCUCGUGUGGAGGGGGCCAGACCCAUACGGGACAGAUGGUUCCAUUCUCGGGUCCGUCAACGAGUGCAGGGCCGCCAAGUUUCCCGGUGACGCAAGGCCAAUUCACAACCCAGCCUCCCCCCUCACAGCAAGCAUCGCAGGCUAGUGUGGCAGGAGGAGGAGGCCAAGGGCAAGGAGGACAUGGCAAUGGUGGUCAGGGACAGGGAGGCCGAGGGGGUGGCGAACGAGGCCGAAAUGGCGGGGGACGUGGUGGKAGAUGGAGCAGCCAAGGGGGCCAAGGCCAAGGUGACCAGGGUAGUCAGCAAGGAGGCCAAGGGUAUGGGAGGCCCCGCUUCGAUUGGCGGAACACGACCUGCUGGCAUUGUGGCGUUGUAGGCCACACGAUUCGGUUCUGCCAGCAACGGUGGGAUGAUGAGCUUGCGGGCCUGAUUUCCUCUUGUAUGGAUGGGGAUAUAUACGACAAGUGGGGGGAGCACAUUGACCCUAGGACCCCGGGAGGGAUUAGACAAGAGGCCCUCAAGCGGGCAGCGGCAGGGCCAUCGGCCGCCCCGGCCAUAUUUAGAAUGUGGCAGGAGAGAGAAGACCCGGCCAUAAGAGUCGAAGAGAUCAUGGGGGAUAGUGAGGAGGUUACGCAACGAUUAAAGGUCGGGGCCAUAAAAGAAGAGCCGAUAAUUGUUGAGUCAGACGACGAGGAGAGAGAGGAUGAAGGGGAGCCGGCCAUAACCACCCUGGAAAAGAUGGAGGAUUUGAUGGAAAAAAUAAGGAGGUACCAGCGAAAACUGAAAGAGUUAUGCAAUGAAGUCCAAGGGUGGAGAGUCGACCUCCCAAAGGUCUUCCUCUAUGAGACCGGGCCGGGGCCGGCAGCUGGACAGCAGAGUAGUCCCGGGGCUGCCAUGGUGGGGUCUGGCCCCAGGUCAGGAAUGAUGUUCAUACCGCCCACCCCGCAUGGGCGGGCGCCGCAAGCAACUCAAACCAGGAGCCAAAGUAAGGCGGACCCUAGUCAACCACCACGCCAAGCGCCAAGUCAGGCACCUCCACGGAAGAGACCUGAGCCAGAGCGUAGAAAGGAGGUGGUCGAGGUCAAGGAAGAAGAGGAAGAGGAUGACGACACGGAGGAUGAGAGACUCCGUCAGGAGGAGGAUCGGCGGACAGAGCAGAGAGCCCAGAGAAAAGAGGCGCAGGAGAGAGUCGAGCCAGGGACACAGGAUGGUGUGCCCAGGAAGAGAAAGUACACCGUCAGGCUGGAGGAGGACUUUGAUGUGGAAAGGAUGGUGGACCGACUCCUUGAAGGUCAUAACAACCUUAUGAACAUAAAAGACAUUCUGGCGUCCGCACCAAGACUCCGGGAGGAGUUGAAAGGGCGAUUGUCUCGAAGGCGGUACAAAACGGUAGAUAAGAAGUGUCGCCAUGUUCCCGUGCUCGUUACGGAAGAUGAGGAGGCUUAUUACGAGCGGGAGCGAGGGUUGAUACGGCGGAUGCAAGAGCAGGCACUGAAGGAUCCAUGCCGUAUCAAUGAUGGAAAUGAAGAGAAAUUAAUAGUCGGAGAGCCAGGGUUUCUCUCGCCUCGGGAAAGGAUGCUGAUGGUACAGCUAAUGAAGAAAAGGCAUCGCGCAUACGCCUUUAAUAAUGACCAGCGGGAGAGGCUGGAAGUGGACAAGAUCCCAAUGAUCCGGAUCCACACGGUCCCCCACGAGCCCUGGAAUCUAAGGGGUGCGCGAUACCCAAACCCUGAUGAGGAGAAGAUGGUGGUGGACUAUCUGCAUGGCAAGAUGUGCACACAUGUCGCCGGCUACUCUAGCGGUCUGUAUGCUUCCCCUUGGUUCUGCUUCAUUAAGCCGAACGGGACGCUACGGUGGGUUCAGGAUCUGCAGCGACUAAAUGCGGUAACGGUACGAGAUGCGGGGGGCUUGCCAAACGCAGAUGCACUGUCAGAGUCAUGCGCGGGGAGGCCGAUAAUCUCACUUAUCGACCUCUAUUCCGGGUAUGAUCAGUUCCCUGUAUACCCGCCCGAUAGGCCGGUGACGGCGAUGCACACGCCAAGGGGGCUAAUCCACAUGAAUGUGGCCCCCCAAGGUUGGACAAAUGCGGUGGCAAUGGUGCAAAGACAUAUGAUCAGGGUCAUGCAAACAGUCAGUCCGCACAUCACUCAGCCCUACAUCGACGACUUGGCGGUUAAAGGGCCAAAAAAGAAAGAGGAGGAUGAGGUGCAGCCCGGAGUGAGGCGUUUCGUUUGGAGGCAUAUCCAGGAUCUCGAUCGAGUCUUGGGGCUGCUAGAGGAGUACAACCUCACUGCAAGCGGGCCAAAAUCCAAGCACUCCAUGAGAGAAGCCACCAUCCUGGGGUUUGUCUGCAACGAGAAAGGCCGGAAGCCAGACGUAAAGAAGACAGACAAAAUCCUAGAGUGGCCGGUACCUUUCCAGACCAUAACGGAUAUAGAGGAACAUGAGCAGCUAAUGGGAGGGAUGUAUCUGCUCACGAAUAAGCUCCUGCAAGGAGACUUCGACCGGAGAGGCUCGUUUAGUCAUAAGGAGAAUGAAAUCCUGAUUCCGGAAAACCAGGAUGACGAGUUCGAAGAAGGGGAGAUCAAGGAGGCAUUCUGGGCAGAGGAAUACGACGGGAUCUAUCUUGAGCUGGGCCUACUCCUAUCCUGUGAAAUGAGGGACAGGGAUGCUAGUGAUAAGGCGCAGAAGAUGAGGCACCUCUACGUGGUGAGAGAUGGGCACCUGCUUAUAAAGCGGCAAGUUGGGAACCCCAAGCGGAUUGUGUGUGGGAGGAACCGACAGUUGGACAUCAUAGCAGUAUUACAUGAUGGUAUAGCAGGAGGGCACAUAGGGAUAAGUGCCACGUGCACGAAGAUAAGUGAGCUAUACCACUGGGAUGGAACGUUGACCAUGGUCAUUAAAUACUGUCAAUUUUGUGUCCCGUGUCAAGAGAGGUCAGCGCAAAGGCCGGGAGAGCCCCUGCAGCCAAGGUUGGAAAGGGAGGUGGGUGUGGUUGUACACCUGGACCUAUUGUUUAUGCUAGUUGGGGAAAAUGGAUGCAAUUAUAUCUUCGAUGCCCGGGAUAACCUCACUGGGUUUGUGGACGGUCGGGCUAUCCGAACGAAGACUAGGCCAGUUUUGGCGAAUUGCAUCGAGGAAUACUACCUGCGCUAUCCUUUCGUCAAGGAGUUCAUGAUGGAUCGAGGAUCAGAGUUUACCUGCAAUGAGGUGCGGACCUUGCUCGCAGGGUAUGGGGUAGUGGCCAACUACACUACGACAGCGCACCCUCAAGCAAACACUCCUGUGGAGAGGGGACACAGUACCAUCACGAAUCUCUUGGCUAAGUGGACAGAGGGCAAGCCUGGUCAGUGGCCGAAAUUCCUGCGAGCGGCUUUCUUUGUGGAGAACGUUACGAUGAAAAAGACUACCAAGUAUGCGCCAGCCACGCUAUGGUAUGGGAGGCACGCCACCUUUCCUAUAGAAAGUUUUAUGAAGAGGUGGAGGCGCCAGGACUUGGAAGUAAACCUGUCCUUUGAGGAACUGCUCGAUAUCCGGGCACGACAAGUGGGGGAGGCCGAGGAAAGAUUGCGAGAAGCCGCUAGCCAGGUAGAGAGAAGUCGCAUGGAGGAUAAGAUGAGGUGGGAUCAAAUGGCCCGAGUGCGGAAGGAGCCCUUGGCAGUGGGAGAUAAUGUGCUAUUAUACGACUCAUCCCUGGAAAAGCAGUGGUCACGAAAACUUGGCAAAAGAUGGUUGGGGCCCUACAAGAUUAUGCGAUGCGGCGAAUUUGGGGCAUACCAGAUCGAAGAGCUAAAGGGCACAGAGUGGAAAGAUUGGGUAUCCGGGACGAGACUAAAGAAGUCUGACUUUUUGAAGGCAACCAUGCAGAGGGGCGGGCAGGGCACGCGGCCACGACAGAGACCUCUCGGGGCAUCCGGGGGGGAGGAGCGGCAUGGGCCCUUCAGGAGAGAGCCCACACCCGUGUUUGAUGACAACAACAUCGUGCUCUUCUUGGACGCCUACCGAGAGCAUGCAGCCCAGAGAGGAUGGGACGUGCCUGAGAGGCGGGAGGGAGGACAAGCAGGACCGGCUAGGGCCAGGGAGUCCUUCCCUGCUUGUGGCCUCAGGCAGGUGGAGUUCCAUCAAGUCACAGAGGGUGACCUACUGGGGCCCUCGCCACAAGCGUCAGAGCAGAGGGAGAGCGAGGUACCAGCAGCGCCUUUCAGGAGUCUGGAGGCCCACUUGGACGCGUCCCAAUGGGAGGCCCCUUCAGCAGGAGAGAGCCCCACGGACCCAUCAGGGGGAGGGCAGACUCGCCCAGAGCCACUCAGAUUGAAGGGGGUAGGUGCGGAAGAUGUCAUUGUGGUGGAAGGUGAUACUCCCCCUGACUCCCGAGCUCGAGCUCAGACACGGUGGUCUUGGCCAGAGGGCAUCCCAAAGCCAGACAGCCAGGAUGCCCCAGUACCACCACCAGAGGCCACUAUGUCACCCAGGCAGGAGGUUGAGGCGAAAGGGCCGGGGGAAGGGUGGAGGACGGAGCCCCGCCUAGUUGUCGACUCACGUUUAGCCGCGCAUGCAGCUAAGCACCCUGACAUUGAGGGGCCCAGCCUGGUUGGGCCAUCAUCGGGGCCAGCACGUACUGAGUUAGAGGAGAGCUCACAAGUUGCGACUGAGGGAGUCGCGGAGGCAAGCCCAGGGGAAGAGCCAGGCGAGGCCGCCCAAGCAAAGCGUGUCAGGGUACGAGCUCGCCUUGCGGAGAUACAUGAGCGGAGAGACAGGAUGGAGGCUGCAGGGAUAGCGCCAAGGCCACCAGUCGCCCCAAAGACAAGUGAACAGAGGAUUGACGAGUUGCGGGCCAGAUAUGAGGGGCGGAGGGAGGCAGCUCGCCAAAGGGCACGAGAGACGGGCCAGGUGAUUGAGGGUGCAGACGAGGUGAUAGAGGUUGGGGAGCUGGGUUUUGCCGCCACUAGAAAGGCCGUCGAGUGGGUGGACAAGGAGAUAAAGCAGACAUCCAUCGAGGCCUUUCAAAGGUACUCCCUGCUCAGUGACGAACUGGCCCUCAGGAAAAACGAGGUGGAACAGCUGACUGCCCAACUCGCAGAGGAGAGGGCUGAGAACAAGGCCAGGCAAACUCGCCUGGAGGCGAAGGAGGCCGAGUGGGAGGCAAAGCUUAACGAAAUGGCGGCCGCAGUGGAAAGGCUUGCCGCUACCAAGGUAUUUCUGGACCCAGCUGAGGCAGAGGCAAGGAAGGAAGCCAACAAGGGAAGCUUUGAGUUCAAGGCUCCCACUGAGCUGGCUUCACAGCAGGAAGGCCCUACUUCAGCAGAGACCCCUAAGGAGGCGCUGACCCAAGAGCCCCAACCUGCACCUGAAGAAGAGGGGGAGGCUGAGGAGUCACUGACGAUCCUUCUAGAGGUACAGGAGGGGACUCUCACUAGAGCGGUGGAGCCUCCACAGCUUGAGGCGCAAGGGGAGGAGUCGUCACGUCUGGACGAGUUGAUAGCAACCAUGGAGGUGGAUACGCCGCCAGAGAGGCCUCAGGGACUGGAGACCCCAGAGCACGAUCCAAAGUUGGAAGAGUUGAGGGUACAGCUGGGCUCGUGGGCCACCGAGACUGACUCGGGAGGACCGACUACUGACCAGAGGCAGCAGGAGGCCACGAGCCAGCCUACUAGAGUCGCUACUCCCUAGGCUCCGAGGCCCUGUGAAAAGGAGGAGGAAGCCAUAUUGGAGGUAACCCGCGAGGGCCGGCCACUGAGA